AUGGCAAAGAAUUUUGUUUUCCCAAAGAUUACUCCUUAUGUUCCUGGAGAUAAUGACGAUGAUAGCCAGAUCAUCAGUGACUCCGAGAAUGAAAUUGUGGGGCAAUUUGAUACCUCCCUUCUUAAUCAAGAUUUAGAAGUAUCUGAGGCAAGGUUCUUGCCAAAUGAGCUCGCUAUGAUAAAAUAAAGAAUUUGAUAAGCUCUCAAAGGAUCAAGUAAUUGGGAAACAGAAAUUAUUCAAGUUCUUAAGAAUUACAGACAUAAGUGAAACUUUCCUUACAGAUCAAUUGUUUUAUGUAAUGAAGAAUUCUCCAGAGCUAAACUCUCCAAUAGAUUGGCAAAAGUUUAUUAGCUUCCUCUCAAUAUUUCUUAAAGGAAGUGAAGAGGAAAAACUUAAGCUAAUUUUUCUCUUCUUCGAUAGAUCUCGAAAAUACACAAUAACCAAAGAGGAAAUGCAAGUUGUCAUCUCAAGCACCAUAUUAAGCAUGAUGAGCAUCCCAUAUGAGGAUAGAUCUAUUGAAUCAGUGAGAAAUAAUCUUCUCACCCAAAACGAAUCUACUAUCGAUGCAGCCCUAAAUAUUGUCGUUGAUGAAAUAUUCUCAAAGUAUAGCUCAUCAGGCGAUGAGCUAACCUUUGAUGAAUGGUGAAACUGGUUCAAGGAGAUGGAUGGAGUCAGUGAAAUAUUAAAUUACAGAACUAUGACUCUUAUCGAUGGAUAA